AUUUCCUCAAUUCUCAGGAUGGCAUCCUUCCCUCCCAAGGCUAUUUGCUUCAGUUCUCAGGAUGGCAUCCUUCCCUCAAAUGGCGGUGACAGUCCUCGCACUCCGAAAGAGAGUGUCUUUGAUCCUUUUGCUCCUGGACCCGAAGAGCUUCUCCGGUCGCCUCUUUGUCUGAAAAAGACUGCAGUUGCCCGUAUGCUGAAUUUCGAAGACUGUAUCCGUGUGCUGAAUUUCGAAGGCUGUACUGAGAAUGAUUCUAGUGUGGAUGCUAUGACCAGUGAUGAACAGCUGUUGGGAAGAUUGUACAGAAUGCUGCUGCGAAUUGUUGUUUCGAAACAUACUGAAGAGUUUCUUGCUGGGAUCCCGAAUCAAGUUUCUGAUUCUGAUGGAGGUAGCACGCCUUCUUCUCCACCGCUCUUAAGUGGAAUUGCUGAAACUUGCCCAGCUGCUCCCAGGAAGACCGCAAGAAAAGUCAUAAGCAUUGACAAGGACUUGUGCAAAAAGCUUGAGUUCUGAUUGCACCAUGAACAUGAUGAAGAUCAUGAAUGCAUGCCUUCU